UUGUAACACUUCGGACGGUGUCCGCUCAGGUCUCUGCUCCGCUCAGAAAUCCGAAAAUAUUCGCAGGUUCUUUUAGUGAGCGGCGGGCAGCGUGUGUGAUACAAUUUAGUUCGAAAAAACAACAGCCUUAAACCCUAAGUUUAAGUGGGUUUUAAUUGUGGCUGGCGUUGACAUCUGGUUUUAUUUUAUAUUGUGUGUGGCAAUUUUACGAUCGUAAUCGUAAUCCAAGAUGCGAAGCCGAAUACUCCUAUUAGCUGCUGUGUUGCUGUGUGGCCCACUGGGAAUGACCAGUGCCCGUGGCCCCCAGCGGUUGUUUGCCUAUGAGCCAGGAAAAUGUGCGUUAACCAUCACAGAAGUCUUCGAGGCAAUGUUCAAAACAGAGGUGGGGCUGCUCAUCGGGGCACGGGCUCGCCUGUCGCAGAGCCACUUGCUCCAUUAUGAUCUCUACACUCCACUGAAUCCCCAAAAGAGACAAUUCCUGCGAGCAGGAGAUCUGGGAAUGCUCAGGAAAUCGCAUUUCAAUCCCGAAUGGCCAGUGAGAAUUUCCAUUCAUGGCUGGUCGGGCCGCAGUGAGUCCUGCUCGAAUGCCGCCAUCAAGGAUGCCUAUCUUUCACGCGGAAAUUACAAUGUAAUCAUCUUGGAUUGGAGUCGCCAGGCAAUGGACAUCAGCUACCAGCGAGUGUCUACGCAGCUGUCUUCCAUUGCCGCCAAUGUGGCCAAAAUGCUGCGCUUUCUGCACGACAGCACAGGCGUGCCUUACGAGCAGAUCUACCUGGUGGGCCACAGCGCCGGCAGCCACAUAUCCGGGCUGGCGGGGAAGCACCUGCGCCCGCAGCUCCUGGGCGCCAUAAUCGCCUUGGAUCCCGCUGGUCUCACGCAACUGAGUCUCGGACCGGAAGACCGACUGUCGCCCCACGAUGCCAUGUAUGUGGAGUCCAUUCACACGGAUCUGACGCUCCUGGGCAAUCCAAGCGAUCUCCUGAGCCAUGCCUCCUUCUUCGUCAACUGGGGCCUGGGGCAGCCGCACUGUCCGAAUGCAACGGCCGCGGAGUUUGCCUUUGUUUGCGAUCAUUUUGCGGCCUUGUAUUACUUCGCCGAGUCGAUACGUCGUCCCAGAUUAUUCCCCGCCUUGCGAUGCGACUCGGGGGCAGCCAUACACUCGGCCACCUGCCACUGCCGCAACAGCACCAGCAGCAACAGCACCAGCUCCAGCAUACACGCCAUGCGACAGACAUGCCAUGGCGAUCAGUUCAUGGGCGGUGAGCCAGCUGUCCAAAAGAACGGUGUCUACUACCUGAGCACACGGCGGCAGGCGCCAUACGGCCACAUUGAUGGCAUGGUUCACAUGAAGCCGCCAGUGAAAUCAAACGUUUUUGAGACGGGUGGCCCACGAUUUUGGCCGCAGUAGGCAGCAGCACCCCUCGAGGCAGGGCACUGCGAGUGUCCAACAAAUGUGAUUUAUCCAAAUGUUUAAGUUUAGAACUAAAGAGCCAUUAAAAUCCAAAGCAUUCCCCCUUAAAAUUA